AUGCUUUCCCGUUUCUUAGAGUUUCUUGGGAUAGCUGUCAAAAAGCCUCAUGUGAUAGAAAAAACUUCUUGGACUGAUAUUCUGGGCGAGGUUAUUUUUUGCGUCUUCGAAAUUUUGAUCUACUUUUUUCAGCGCAGUAAAGUAGUACAUCGCGAUUCAUGGGAAUCUACGAGGUGUUUACAUUUCUUUAAUUUCCUGAAUUUUUUUUGAAAAAAAGAUGUUGAUUCCGAAAAAAAUUCAAUAUUGAUUUCGAAAGAAAAAGGGGACAGUGGAGCACAAGAGAGCUAAAUUUCAAGUUGAACCGGGGUUCGUUUCUUUUUCAAGCUUUCUUUUUUUCUAAACUAAUUAGUGUUGAUCAAAAUUUUAGAAAAAUUUUCAGGGUGAAGAUAUUAUUUGAGUUCAAGUAUGAAGAUCAUAAUUAUCAGCUCUUAUCAAAAAGAAAACUUGACGAUUCUCUUGGCGAUAGCUUUGAAAAGGUAAUGUCUUAUAGAAACCGGAAAUUCUCAUAUUUUGUUUGCAGAUAGCGGAUAAAAUGUUGAAAAUAGUCGCGCAUACGUACGGUUUGAAUAAUCAGACGCGUAGCAAGGAAUAUCUUGAACUUAUGCAACGAAUGACAUUUCGUCUCCCAGAAGACUCUAAGCAUCUUGCAGAAAGUGUAAGUUUUUUAGAUUUGCCAUGGGAAAGCUAUCUUUCAGUUAGUUGGACCGGCCCUACUCGAGAAGCCUUAUGAUCUGAAAGAAAUAAUAGUAAAUGGUACGAGUUAUCGAAUCAUCCGCUAUCCGACGUUCGUCUCCAGUUUCAGUUCAGAACUGCAGCCGAUUGUAGGAGCCCCGCUUAUUUCCUGCAUCGACUUCGCAGAAAAUAGUUAGUUUUCGCUCAAAAUGAAGAAAAAAGUUUGAGGUUUCGUUGAAAAGCAAAGCAUGAGUUUUUGCUUGUUUGAAAAGGGAAAUAAUUUCACUCUACCCUUUUCGAGAAUUUCCUUAAAAUACUUCCAUUGUCUACUUCUUAUUUUUAGCGCUUUCCUUAUUUUAAAAAAAUAUUCUCACUUCAAAUAUCAUUUAUUUCUUGAAAAAAUAUAAAUCGAUUUGCUCUAAAUAACGGAUUUCAAAUUUUUUUGUUUGAUUGAACUUUCUAUAAACCAUGAAUAAAUAAACCUAUAAACCCAAUUCCUGUUUAAAAAAUGGUGUCAACUCUCCAUUUCUACAAUUUUGAUUCUAAAUUAAUUUUGCGCGUCGUACUCCCACUCCGUUGCGUACAAAACGGCAGACCUUACGGAAAUCUUGUAUAAAAUAUUAUUAAAAAUUAGGACUGUUUUAUUACCUUCUCUUCGUCUUGUCUUCACAUUAUUAAUACAUAUUUUGCAGGUCAUGUCACUCCCAAUAUUCCGAAGAUUCACUGGUUUGUCAGCGAAUCAGUUUUUGAAGAAGACGACCUUCCACCUGAAACGAAGACGAAAAGAGACGGCAAAUCUCCAAAAGGCCAAGUGAAGAAACCGAACGGACUCGAGGUCAAAAUGAUCGAUGGUCAGUUCUAGAAAAGUCCAUUUUGAUAUCUCUUUAUCAAUUUUUAGAAACGGAGAGAACAUUUUCGAUCAAUGGAUUUUCUUAUCGAAGUGCAGGGCCGAUUUUCUUUCCAACGGCGGAAGAUCUCAAUCGAAAAGUUGCUUUGGUGGCUGAUAUGGGACCCGAUGCCCCUAUCGCGUAGUUAUUUAUUAUUUCCGCUUCUUGAAAAGAUCAUAUAGACAAGUUUAAGGGUUGCAAAACAAGAGGAAAUCGUUCUGGAAGGUCCAAACGAACUGGUCACGGAUAAUCAAGCGCAAUGGAUACGAGAAAAUCCUCUUGAGGAGAAUUGGCAAGUUUUUUUCUAACUCCAGAAAAACUGUUUUUUGGAAUAGUCUGUUCAAGUAAUACAUUCUCAAUGAGUUUGCAAAAGUUGAGGCGUAGCCAUGAACUUUCAUGAAUUUCAUCUAUUUUUGUGUUUUUCAGUGCUCGCCUAAUGUCCUACAACAUGUUGGCGGCCUCGUAUCUCAACUUGGAGCUUGAACAAAAUAAGCUUUUCUAUCCGUUCUGCGAGAAACAAUAUCAAACCCUCUACUAUCGAUAUCCGUUGCUUUUGAAGCAGCUCAAAGGUUUCGCUGUCUUUCUUUCCUUUUUUAUCAGUUUAUUUUUCAGACCUGAGAUCCUCGAUAGUUUUCCUGCAGGAGGUCGACCAGAAGAUGCAACUUCGGUAUGCCCGGGUUCUGUACCAAGAAAUGGGCUACGGAUUCGAAUUUGUCAAGAAAAGAUUGGCCGUGAAUGAAGGCGCCGCCAUAGCCUACGAUCUUCAACUUUUCGAGUAGGUUUCUGAAAAUAAGUUGAUUCCCCGGUUUCAGACGCUCUUAAAAAAUCCUAAUAAAUGAAAAAAAGCGCUUUAAUCCAUUUGUUAGUCAAACUAAAUACUAUAAUUUGUCUAGUUUUUCCUUUUUCAAUAUGAAAAAUUAUUAUGGCGUGGUUGAAGUAAUCCCGCGAAAUUCAAAAUAACUGAGUUUUGAGAAAUUAGCUUUUUUUUUUCCAAGUUCCCCACGAAUAUCUGUCAUUUCCUUUAGAUUGGUUUCUUCGCAAGCCUUUGGCGUCGCUGAACUAACGACAGAGUACCCCGAAAAUGAAGACAUCAAACGAAUUUUGGAGGCGUCGCCUGAGAACACACAGAAAAUCAUGCUCUCCCGUCCAACUAUUUUACAGGUAGGCAGAAGAUUUCCAGUAAAAAGUUGUCUCGGAGAGUUUGAAGUCGAAAAGUCCUUUCUGAGGUGUUGAAAGGCUAUUCAAAGAGGGUUUUUUUCUGUUCACACCUCAGGGAGAAAUCGAGAAAAGAAAAUGACUUUCACGAUUUUUUUUAAAAUAAGAAGCUCAAAAAAACUAAAAAGUUGUUCUUGUGCACAUGAUCGUAGAAUGAUUGAUCAUAAACAACCUUUUCCUUCCAUUCAGGUUCUGUUACUGCGAUGUCGCAAAAACGGAAAGUUAUAUUUGUGCGGAAAUACUCAUUUACACCAUGCGCCCCAAGACGAACAGGUCAAAGCGUUCCAAGGAAUCGUCACCACCAGAAAACUUUUAUCGUGCGUUUGAAAGCGAUUUUGAAGAAAAAAAAGAUAAUUUCAAGAUUGAAAAAAGAAAUAAUGGCGGCGAAUCCAGAGACUGACGUGAAACUGUUGUUUGGCGGAGAUUUCAACAGCGUGCCGACCGGGCCCGUCUAUCAUCUCCUCACUAUUGUGGGCUUUUUUUAAAAUUCAAAAUGUUUUUAGUAGUUCUUGUGCGUUUUUCAGGGAUAGUUGACGGAAAAAAAUCUGGAACUGUUGAAAAUAUAUUUAAAGUAACCUCUUUAACGAAAACUUUUCUUGCGAAAUUUCAAAUUUUUUUUGACCAUUAGUUUGAUAACUUUUGGACAGCUUCAACUCCUUGAAAAAUCAAUUCAAUGCUUUCAAUUUUAUUUCCCAUAAGAGUCUGAUUUUUUUGGCAUUUGAGAAAGUCUCGAAAAAAAGUUCUUUUUAGAAAUUAUUUUUUUAAAAAUAUAGUUUUUUUCUUUUUCUUAUUCAAAAAUAGCUCGAAACUAAAAUAGAAAAAUAUAUAUUUCGUUGAUUUUUUUCACAUAUUUCUAUUCAAAAAAAGCAAUAGCUGGAAUUACACUUUGAUAUUUAUAAUGGAGGCUUGAAAUAGGAAACUGGGAUUUUUUUCAAGUUUUUUUCUCGGCACCAAAUUUGAGAGCUUUAAUUUUUUUGACGCAUAUCGUUUUUUUCUAAAACAAUAAUAAUAAAUAAAAAAAUCUCUAGAAAAAAAGUUUUUCGAUGACAAAUCGAUAAAUUGAAGGUGGCAGAAGAACUUAGAGGAAUAAAAAAAUUUUUUUAAAAAAACCCUUUCGCAGUUUACCUUUUUUUCUUGGGUGGCUAAAAUAACACGUAAACCGGUUUUUUUCGCCUGAAUUUCCUGAGAUUAGUUCAAGUUCCACGCGUCUUUGAAAAACCCCUAUCAAGAAUUAUUAAUAAUUUAUGAAAGCUGUGAUAUUAGAGAGAAAAGACCUUCUUUCAGGGAAAACUGGACAAAACUUACAAUUUUUGGAAAAACGAUGACAAACUUGUCCCUGAAGAUCUUCAGGUUGGCUUUUUCUACCUAUCAAGCUUCAAAAAAGCCCUUUUUAGCUGAACGAAACUUUGGAUUGUCUGACCGGAACUCCAGAAUUCACUAAUUAUACGGGACCCGAAGGCGGCGAAGGCUUCAACGGACUUCUUGACUACAUUUGGGGACAAGGUUUAACUUUGAAUAAAAAGUAUUAUAAAUAUGAGAAUUCUCAGGAGUGGCACUGGAAAAAAACGAUGUGUGA